GAAACAGAUAAGGCUGCUGUAUCUCUGCGAUUCAUCCGGUAAAUCCGAACUUCUUGUGAGAUAUUGAAGAUAAUAACCGCAAUGAUGGAGUUGAGACUGUCUUGUCUCCUUUCCUUCUUUAUGCUUCUCUGGCUUUCUGACAGCCAUCCUCUCUCUGAGCGCCUUACAAGUUCUGCAUCUAAUACAACCAUAAAAAAAGCCCCAGAUGUAAGAGCGGAGGUGGGAAGAUACUCUGAUGUGGCCAAACAGAUCAUUGAGCUAGCAGUCUUUGGCGCUGCCCAGAACCGCUCCUACAAGCGGCUGGCUGACUUUACUGACACUAUAGGGAACCGGGUCAGUGGGUCACAGAACCUGGAAAUGGCUAUUAAAUACAUGUACAAAGCCUUGAGUCAGGAUGGGCUGGAUGUUCAUCUGGAACCAGUAAAAAUUCCUCACUGGGUAAGAGGGAAGGAGAGUGCAGAGAUGAUUGCACCCAGGGCCAAGAGCCUGGCUAUACUGGGACUGGGCAGCAGUGUAGGAACACCUCCAGAAGGUAUUAAGGCUGAGGUGUUGGUGGUUCAGUCUUUUGAGGAACUGAAGCGUAGAGCCAGCGAGGCGGCGGGGCGGAUUGUGGUUUUUAACCAACCAUUUAUCAGCUACGGAGAGACAGUUUCUUAUCGCGCUUUCGGUGCUUCAGAGGCAGCUAAAGUGGGAGCUGUGGCCACACUCAUCAGAUCAGUAACUCCUUUCUCUAUUAACAGUCCUCACACAGGAUGGCAGAUCUACCAAGAUGGAGUGAAGCGAAUCCCCACAGCCUGCAUCACAGUGGAGGACGCUGAGCUGAUGUGGCGUUUGGCUCAGAAUAAACACAAGAUCAUAGUCAGACUCGAAAUGGGAGCCCAGACUUUGCCUGAUGCUGACUCUUUUAACACCGUUGCUGAGAUAAGGGGCUGGCAGCACCCGGAGCAGGUUGUCCUAUUGAGUGGUCAUCUUGACAGCUGGGAUGUGGGCCAAGGCGCCAUGGAUGAUGGAGGUGGAGCCAUGAUAUCCUGGGAGGCUCUGUCACUUAUCAAGGACCUAGGUUUGCGUCCAAGAAGAACUUUGAGGGCGGUUCUGUGGACAGCUGAGGAGCAGGGUGGCGUCGGAGCCCAACAGUACUUUAAUCUACACAAGGAGAACAUCUCAAACUUUGACCUUGUUAUGGAGUCUGACUUGGGGACGUUCACCCCAAUGGCUCUGCAGUUUACUGGCAGUGACGCGGCACAGAAGGUGAUGGAGGAAGUGGUCAAACUUUUGGCUCCCAUCAAUACUACCAAACUGGAGAGAGGUGGUGAGGGGACAGAUAUCUCUCCAUGGAUGCAAGCAGGAGUCCCAGGUGCCAGCCUCCAUGUGGCCGACAGUCGCUACUUUUGGUUCCAUCACAGCGAGGGAGACACCAUGACAGUCCAGAACCCUCGCGACAUGGACCUCUGCUCAGCAUUGUGGGCUGUGGUUUCCUAUGUCAUAGCUGACCUACAGGACAUGCUGCCGAGAUAGCGCUAAGGUUCAUCAAGUGCUUAUCACGAUCUCAACCAGUUUUACUGAUUUCAGUUUCUGCUGUAAACAUCAAGAACUGACUGUUUAGGUGAAUGAGGGAACAUAAAGCCUGAUGCACAUUAUGGAAACAUUAAAAAAACUACUUGAAGCUGUUUAAAUGUUCAAACUAUACAAAUAAAUCCUCGCCCCAUUGUUAUUGCUCUUUCAUUUAGAUACACUUUUCCAAAAUAUCUUUUCCAACUCUGUUCCUUUUUUUGUUUUUAUGAAGAAAUGUCUUCUUCCUAAAGGAGUGGCCUUUCAGCCCAUGUUGGUACUGUCAUAGUUCUGGUUCUGUUAUAUUUUCUUUUGAGUUUUCAGUUUUACUUUGCUCCAUGUUUUCUUGUUUUAGUGGUUUUAUUCUUAUUUUGUUGUGUUUUCUGGUUGUUUUCAGGUUUUUAUUUGUUGCCCUCUGCUGCCCUCUUGUGCUCUCCUCUUUCUCUAGUUCUUUUCAAUUCUGCUCUGUUCACACCUGCUCCCAAUCUGCUCGUUAGUCCUCUUUUUGUUUCAGUCUCCCAUAAAUACACCCUCUGUUCAGUUCCUCAGUGCUGGUUUCUUGUCUAACUUCCUCCAACUCCGUCUCUCUGAGUCUUUCUCCUCAAGAUGGUUUCCCCCAGAUGUCUCCAUAGUUUCUGGUUUGUUUGACAGUUGCUCUGUUCGAAAUCCUGGGACGCGUCAUUAGAAGGCCAGAUUCGAAGGACGAUUACGUCAUAGCGUGGCACGGAGGUCUGGUCGGAUUCCAAGAGUCCUCGUUAUGCAGCCUUAAAAUGCGUCCUUCUUUUUGCCUGAUUUAAAGGACAGGUCCGAUGUAUCCUUGGUUUACCCAGCAUUCAUUGCGAGACCAAGCAAGCCAUGAUUUGCUCUGUGAUCAGAGCAAAGGUUGCUUGGCGCUGAACAGUGGUGAAAAUUGGAAGGUCAGUUUAAUAAGAUACAACUCUGUGAAUAGUUCCAUCUGAUGUGAAUGAAAAUAGUUGUUUUAAUGGUUAUUGAGGCAGAUAUGUGGCGGUAAUGUUUGGUUUAUCAAAAAGUGUUUAUCUGUUACUGUGUAAAUGGGUU